AAAUCUAACUAGUUCCAUCUACAACCAAGUGUGCUUUUCUCUUGAUUUUGUGGGACAUCAACUAUUACUAAGGACAUUAAUGCUAGCCUGCCACCACUGAGGAUCUUUUGAUCUGAUGUCAUCCAAACUCCAGUCUCUUAGGUACUUCCUCCUUUCUCCAAAUGCUUUUAUUUAUUUAUUUAUUUAUUUAUUUAUUUAUUUAUUGUAUACGAGUACACUGUAGCUGUCUUCAGACAUACCAGAUCUCAUUACAAAUGGUUGUGAACCACCAUGUGGUUGCUGGGAAUUGAACUCAGAACCUCUGGAAGAGCGGUCGGAGCUCUUAACCGCUGAGCCAUUUCUCCAGCCCUCUCCAAAUGCUUCUUGAGAUGCCCUGCAUUCUCAUGAUCCUUUCAUGACAGGGUCUGCAGUGCUCCAUUCAGUUCUGAAGCAGAAACUUCGGAAGAUGAAUCUUCAUCACGCCUUGUCUGCGGUCUAUUUAACUCUGUAGAGCUGGGAGGGAAUGUGGACACUAAUCUGGGACCGAGGAUUGCCCUGAGCUAUUAGCCUCAGAACAAGGCUCCUAUUGCCUCAGGGCAGAACAGGUUCACAGCAAGGCUGCUGGCUCCAUAGCAGGACUGUUACCUCAGAAGAGAUAACCACAAUAACCCCUAGCUGCAAUUUGUCUCAAGAUGUCAUGACACCUCUGUAUCAGUUCUAUACAUCAAGGAGCAGACUCAGAGUAUCAUUAAGCUUGACUACCAGAGAUUCGUAGUGACUCUGGGAGCUCUGGGUCUUUGCAGUGGAUUUUCUUCCCUUCCGAAACACAUUGUGUGCAUGUGUGUGUGUGUCCGCUGUGCCACAGAACGUGUAUGGAGGUCAAAGGGCAACUUCGUGGAAUCAGUUAUCUCCUUUCACCUUUAUACCGGCCCUAGGAUUCAACUCGGGUCAGCAGGCUGGCACAGCCAGCUCCUUUACCCACAGAACCAUCUUGCUGGCCCACGAAGAACAUCCUCUUUCCUCCUCUUCUUUUGCUGACAGGGUCUCGUAUAUUUGGCUCAAACUCAGUAAAGUGCCAAGGAUUUCCUUGAACUUUUAUCUUCUCAUCUCUGCCUUCCAAGUGUCUGGAUUAUAGGCAGGUACUAACCCACAAGGCUUACCUCAGUGUUAGGGAUCCAGCCUAGGGCUCUGUGCAUGCUAGUUAUAGUCCCUGCCUCUGCAAUGUAUUUCAAUAAAUGUUCUGGUUGUCCACUCUGGUCUUGGUAAAAUUUUUUGCCCAUCUGUAUCUCCAGUCCUCCACACACAGUCUUUCAUAGCACAGGCUUUCUCAAAGAGCACCAACUUCUACUGAAUUUUCAUUUGUAGCAAUAAUAGGAGUCAGAGUCCCGUGCUUGGCUUUGAUUUGAUACAUCAGACACCUAAAAGUAGUUAAGUUUGAAAAUCACCCUAAACUACUUCUCAAAGACACCCCAUCCUGACCCGUGUAAAAUGUAACGGAAAUUCUGAUUCAUAACCACUUUUAGGCUAACUGUGGAUGCAAAGUACUGAGAAGUCACCAGGGAGGAAAGUCAUGUCUUUAAAAAGUAAUGACCUUUAGAGGCCAGCCUAGUUUACAUAGCGAGUUCCAGGCCAACCAGGGCUGCACAGUGAGAGCCGGUCCACAAGUGACAACCUAGGUCCACUGGCAGUAUAAGUAGCAGUACUAGGUAGCAGUGGUUUCCCGCUCUAGUGCGGGAAGCACAGCCAUAAUCCCAAGCACUUGGGAAGUCAAGGUCAUCUUCAGUCACAUAGUAGAGGCCUGUUUAGCAACAUGGGACCCCGUCUCAAAAACAAGUUCCCAGCUCUGGAUUUGAAAGUCUACAGACGCCUUGCUUAGCUGAGGCCUGCCCUGGCUCGAGCAUUCGCCCGAGAUCUGAAAUGUCCUUACUCCCCCAACCCGACGGGUCCCCACGCGUCUCUUGCUUCCGCAGUCCACGUUCCUUCCGCGCUCUAGGGGUAGCCCGCGGGCCUAGCGCCCGCAGCGGAUACGUUUCCGUAGGGCAGCCCCCAGGGAGGACUUGGCUCCAACACCUGCUGGGCCGCGAUCCUGCCUGGGGACCUACCGCUUUGUGCCCCACACCACGCCGAGGCCAGGAAACCCUCGGCCUCAGCGGCGCGCCGGGUUGGACCCCGGCUAGGACACUGCUGGCCUAGGAAGGACUGGCUGCCGGGCCUCCGAGGCUCCGGUGCUUAAACGACGACCCACCUGCCAGCUAGCCCGAGCCAAGGCUGCGGCCGUCCCCUCCCGCCCGGCUCCACGUAAAACCCGGAGCGGAGAUCGUUCCCCCUCUCCCUAGAGGCGGCGCGGUACGGCGGACUGGGCAUGCGCAAUGCGCAGGGCCGGCUCCCAGCGCCAAAAGGAAGCGUUCGCCGAGAUCGCAGCGGCUGCGCCGGGGUAUGCGGAACGGGCUCGUGUGGCUGCUGCACCCCGCGCUGCCCAGCACCUUGCACUCCAUCCUCGGCGCUCGCCCGCCUCCCGUGAAGCGACUGUGUGGAUUCCCAAAACAAAUUUACAGCACAAUGAAUAAUCCGGCCAUCCAGAGAAUAGAAGACCAUAUUGUCAAGUCUCCUGAAGACAAACGGGAAUAUCGUGGACUAGAACUGGCCAAUGGUAUCAAAGUGCUUCUCAUCAGUGAUCCCACCACGGACAAGUCAUCAGCAGCACUCGACGUGCACAUAGGGUCACUGUCAGACCCUCCAAAUAUUCCUGGCUUAAGCCAUUUUUGUGAGCAUAUGCUGUUUUUGGGAACAAAGAAAUAUCCUAAGGAAAAUGAAUACAGCCAGUUUCUCAGUGAACAUGCUGGGAGUUCAAAUGCAUUUACCAGCGGAGAACACACCAAUUAUUAUUUCGAUGUUUCCCAUGAACACUUGGAAGGAGCCCUGGACAGGUUUGCCCAGUUUUUCCUGUGCCCCUUGUUUGAUGCAAGUUGUAAGGACAGAGAGGUGAACGCUGUCGAUUCAGAGCAUGAAAAGAAUGUGAUGAAUGAUGCCUGGAGACUCUUCCAGCUGGAAAAGGCUACAGGGAAUCCCAAGCACCCCUUCAGCAAAUUCGGGACAGGAAACAAAUAUACUCUAGAGACUCGACCCAACCAAGAAGGCAUCGAUGUAAGGGAAGAACUCUUGAAAUUUCACUCUACGUAUUAUUCGUCCAAUCUGAUGGCGAUUUGUGUUUUAGGUCGAGAAUCUUUAGAUGACCUGACUAAUCUGGUGGUGAAGUUAUUUUCUGAAGUAGAGAAUAAAAAUGUCCCUUUGCCUGAAUUUCCUGAGCACCCUUUCCAAGAAGAACAUCUUAAACAACUUUAUAAAAUAGUACCCAUUAAGGAUAUUAGGAAUCUUUAUGUGACAUUUCCCAUACCAGACCUUCAACAGUACUACAAAUCCAAUCCCGGUCAUUAUCUCGGUCAUCUGAUCGGGCAUGAAGGUCCUGGAAGCCUGUUGUCAGAGCUCAAGUCAAAGGGCUGGGUAAACACCCUGGUUGGGGGACAGAAGGAAGGAGCCCGAGGUUUUAUGUUUUUUAUCAUUAAUGUGGACUUAACUGAAGAAGGGUUAUUACAUGUUGAAGAUAUAAUUUUGCACAUGUUUCAAUACAUUCAGAAGCUACGUGCUGAAGGACCUCAAGAAUGGGUUUUCCAAGAGUGCAAGGACUUGAACGCUGUCGCUUUCAGGUUUAAAGAUAAAGAGAGGCCACGAGGCUACACAUCUAAGAUUGCAGGGAAAUUGCACUAUUAUCCCCUAAAUGGAGUGCUCACAGCUGAAUAUUUACUGGAAGAAUUUAGACCCGACUUGAUAGACAUGGUUCUUGAUAAACUCAGACCAGAAAAUGUCCGGGUGGCAAUAGUUUCUAAAUCAUUUGAAGGGAAAACUGACCGCACAGAGCAGUGGUAUGGAACCCAGUACAAGCAAGAAGCUAUCCCAGAGGACGUCAUUCAGAAAUGGCAAAAUGCUGACCUGAAUGGGAAAUUUAAACUUCCAACAAAGAAUGAAUUCAUUCCUACAAAUUUUGAGAUUUUGGCAUUAGAAAAAGAUGCAACACCAUACCCUGCUCUUAUUAAGGAUACAGCCAUGAGUAAGCUGUGGUUCAAACAAGAUGAUAAAUUUUUCUUGCCGAAAGCUUGUCUCAACUUUGAAUUUUUCAGUCGCUACAUUUAUGCUGAUCCUCUGCAUUGCACCAUGACUUACCUGUUUCUCAGGUUAUUGAAGGAUGAUUUAAAAGAGUAUACAUAUGCAGCACGCCUGUCAGGUUUGAGCUAUGCCAUUGCCUCAGGGAUGAAUGCAAUACUUCUCUCAGUGAAAGGUUACAAUGACAAACAGCCAAUUUUGCUAAAGAAGAUCACCGAGAAAAUGGCUACUUUUGAGAUUGAUAAAAAAAGAUUUGAAAUUAUCAAAGAGGCGUACAUGCGAUCUCUUAAUAAUUUCCGGGCUGAGCAGCCUCACCAGCACGCCAUGUACUACCUCCGUCUGCUGAUGACUGAAGUGGCCUGGACCAAAGAUGAGUUAAAAGAAGCCCUCGAUGAUGUGACCCUCCCCCGUCUUAAGGCCUUCAUACCUCAGCUGCUGUCCCGGCUGCAUAUUGAAGCCCUUCUCCAUGGCAACAUAACAAAGCAGGCUGCCUUAGGAGUUAUGCAGAUGGUAGAAGACACCCUUAUUGAGCAUGCUCACACCAAACCUCUCCUUCCAAGUCAGCUAGUCCGGUACAGAGAAGUUCAGCUCCCCGACCGAGGAUGGUUUGUUUACCAGCGGAGGAACGAAGUCCACAAUAACUGUGGCAUUGAGAUUUACUACCAGACAGACAUGCAGAGCACCUCGGAGAACAUGUUCCUGGAGCUCUUCUGCCAGAUUAUCUCUGAGCCUUGCUUCAACACUCUGCGUACCAAGGAGCAGCUUGGCUAUAUUGUCUUCAGUGGACCUCGUCGGGCCAACGGCAUCCAGGGCUUGCGAUUCAUCAUCCAGUCAGAAAAACCACCUCACUACCUGGAAAGCAGAGUGGAAGCCUUCUUGAUCACCAUGGAAAAGGCCAUAGAGGACAUGACAGAGGAGGCUUUCCAAAAACACAUUCAGGCGUUAGCGAUUCGCCGACUCGACAAACCAAAGAAACUCUCUGCAGAGUGCGCGAAGUACUGGGGGGAGAUCAUCUCCCAGCAGUACAAUUAUGACAGAGAUAACAUAGAGGUUGCAUAUUUAAAGACACUCAGCAAGGAUGAUAUCAUCAAAUUCUACAAGGAAAUGUUGGCUGUGGACGCACCAAGGAGACAUAAAGUAUCCGUCCACGUUCUUGCCAGGGAAAUGGAUUCUUGUCCUGUGGUUGGAGAGUUCCCCUCUCAGAAUGAUAUAAACCUUUCCGAAGCGCCACCCUUGCCACAAGUAAGAAACCUUAGGCGAUGCCUGAGGCCUUCAUACUUAAAGGAGUUUGCGGUCAGAGUGAGCGAGAACCUGGAGGUCCAGGUCACUGGUGUUGGGACUAUUUGAGGUCUCCUCGAGUGUCUGCCACUCGGCCUCUGCCAAGGCUGCCUUUGCCUUUGUUUCACAGACAUGUGCUUCAGGCUGGCCUCAAACCCCCUGUAUAGCUAGAGCUGCUUUAAACUCCUAAUCCUCCUGCCUCAGCCUCACAAGUGCGAGGCAUGAGGGUGCGCUCCUCCAGCCCUGGCUUCGCCUCUGGUGUGAACUGUGUAACUGUGCACUGAGUCCUCUCCAGCCAUGUCUUCCCCAGACUCAGACACUAGAGUGGCAGUGUGUGGCCCUUUCUGUAGUAUCUCUGUAUUUACUAAUCUUGAAAGACUAGCAUUUCUGAAAGGUGAGGAGAUGGGCAGCGUCGCCAGGCUUUCCUGGGUGUUAGCCAGCCCAUGGACGCCCAGGGAAGGCCAAGAGUGCCGUGGUCUCUCCAGAGCAGACUUAGUCCAUGACCCUUACUGUAUUGCACCCCAUCCUGCCUUUCCCAAAGAGUCAAUACCCUGCUCAGUCUAAUUUCUAAACAUAGCACACUAAAAAACCUUUUUUUCUUUUCAGCCUGAGGUGAUUCAUAACAUGACUGAAUUCAAGCGCGGCCUGCCGCUGUUCCCCCUUGUGAAGCCACACAUUAACUUCAUGGCGGCAAAACUCUGAAGAAGCAGCUGCGCCCCUGUGCCUUCCGGGGCCAGGAAAGCAGUCUCAGCUUUGAGUAGUUUCUGGCUUGCAAUUAGAGAGACAAACAGAAAAGAGUUAUCAGGCAUUAUUAUGUAGAAUGUUAAAAACCCAAAGUAAUAAAAUUAUAAAGUCUUAUAGAUGUAGAAUAUUUUUAAAAUCUCUUAAAUAUUUUAAUGUUUUUCUUUUUAUUCCUAAAAGAAAUUUCCUUAUAUUAACUGCUUAAUCUGAAGAAAGAUAUCUCAGUACAAUCUUUCUUCCUUAUUCUGUAAAAUAGUCACUUGUCUGAAAAAAAAAUAAGAGCUUUUUUUUCUUAAAGGCUUCAGAACACUUAGAAAGGAUUACCUUUUUAAGACGCGAUCAAGCUCAGAUCUGCUUCUGUCGAUGGUUCCUGUGAACCAGCAGAGCAUCGCGGUGGGCAGAUAGUGCACAAAGCGGUUCCGCGUUCCUUUACUAGUGAACCUGCUGAUUAACUAAGGCAUGGUUUUAAUGUUUUUAUAAAACUUGGGUAUGUUUUUUAACCUUCUUAGUCAAAUGCUAGAAAACCCAGAAUACCCAAUUUACAGUGCUAGAAAUGCAGAUUAACCUUGAAUCAAGUUCGGAAUUUCUCAGGAUUCCUGUGGGUUCUCUCUCAUCGAAUUCUGUUGACAUUUCUGUUUCUCGUAGUUGGUCUGCUGGGUUCCAUCAGCAGACACAUACUGCUGUACAGCGUGUGAGACAUGCUGUGCUGACAUCAGCUGUUGUGACUCCCCGUAACUCCUAGGGUGAAGUUGUGAUCCGUGUGUGAACUAAAACAUUUGCCCCUUUAGGGACUCAAAAGGCAGCAAAUACAAAGCCACCUCCUUGGAGAUACAAAACUGUGGCGUUCUUAAACAGCCAGUCUCCGUAAGACUCUAAACUCCCCACUGCUUCCGGUCUCAUCUUGCCUUAAGUGUUAUUUUUUGAAUAUAUGAAUAUAAACAUACAGAUGAUGACUGGAGUGGACUUUUAAAAAAUAUUUUUUUCACAAGAUACUAUUUUAGGUGAAAAUGUUACUGUAGAUUUAACAGCUGUUUUAAAGUAUUUGCUAUUAUUAAAACUUCUUCAAGAACAAGCGUGGCUAUGCUCCCACACACAGGCAAUAGUAACAGAAAGUGCUCCUGUUUGUCCACCAGCUCAGGCAAAGUACAGAAUGGCGUUUCCAAGUGACAUUUUACUGCCCCGUAUUACUUGAUUUGCCAGGAUUUUCUGCUGUAGAAUCUCGGCUUCUCACAGCUUAAGUUUCACAUUUUCCAAAUACGGUGAACUUGGGCGACUGUGGAAGCCGCUCUCCCCGUGGUGCUGCGACCGUCUUUUAUCCAUGUGUUCUAAGAGUCUCCCGGUGAAAAGCCUGUCUGUGUCCAUCAGAAGACAUGAGUCAACACUGCCUUCUCCUCUGAGCUUCAGCCAAGCAGCCAAGGUUGACUUUGAACUCCUUGAUCCUCCUGCCUCCACCUCUCAAGUGCCGGGAUUAGGCGUGCGCCACCCCGCCCAGUGUAACUAUGCAGCUUUUCAUUGACCUGCAAAAUCUAUACAAGAUGAAUCUAGACCUAGUCCUGAGUGUUCGAAUCCAUCAUUGUGAAAGCGAACUACGGUCUGCUACCUUUCCUGUAAUGACCCACAUGCCGUUGAGUAACCUAGCUCUUUAAAAAAAAUGGGUACAGUUAAAAGUUUGUCUUCUGUAUGAGAAAAGGCACCUGAAGAGAUUGGAAACAAUCCCAUGUUGCCUUCCAUGAACCUGCACGUGGUGUUCGGUGUGUUCCAGAGCUCCUGUGUGUCACUUGGCAUCCAACCGGUUCAUCUCAGUGGGUCCAGGUUGUGGUCCACGAACAGUAACAUACCACCCAGAGACUGCGUGCACUCGAGCUUCGCAAGUGAGAUUUGUGAAAAAGUCAUGAGUUGCCAGAGACUUAAAAGUCUUUAAUCAGUCAAUGUAAGAGCAUGUGACUCUGCCAGUGUGGCGGGGUCCUUGGGUUAUCCUGUUUACAAUAAAUCUGACCUGGGACUCUGCA